GCUGACACCCGGAAACGUAAAAACAAAUGUAACAUGUUUAACUGAAGUUAGCGUCCUUUUUGCCAAGUUAGUGUUGUUUAAUAACUUAUCAAUCAUAUUGAGUUUACUUCUGUUGUGUGUAUCAAACUAAAGAUGAGUGAAGGUGAUAAAGAAAAGAGCGCUGCAGCCCUGAGAGAGGAGGGGAACAGUCUUUUCAAAGCAGGAGACAUGCAGGGCGCUGUAUGUUGUUACACCAAAGCAUUGAAACUAUCUGACAGCCAGACAGACAGUGGUGUGCUGUACCGAAACCGCUCUGCCUGCUACCUUAAACUGGAGGACUACAGCAAAGCGGAGGCUGAUGCCUCCAAAGCCCUCGAUACUGACCCAGGUGACGUGAAAGCAAGGUUUCGGAGGGCUCAGGCUUUUCAGAAACUUGGCCGGCUUGACCAGGCCUUUCUUGAUGCUCAGAGAUGUGCCCAGCUGGAGACCAAAAACAGAGCUUUCCAGGAUCUACUCAGGCAACUUGGAGCACAGAUUCAGCAAAAAUCUGCUCAGCUGAGCUCCACCGACGCUCGUGUACAGCAAAUGUUCUCCCUCCUCUUAGAUGCUUCAGAGACAGACACGGCACGACAGAAGGCAGCACAGAAUCUGGUGGUUUUAUCUCGAGAUGAAGCAGGAGCUGAACAGAUCUUCCGCAACGAUGGAGUGAAGCUUAUUCAGAAGCUUAUCCAGACGAAGCAAGAGGAUAUCGUCCUUUCUGCUCUCAGGACCUUAGUGGGGUUGUGCACAGGACAUCAGUCAAGAACCAUGGCUAUAGUGAAUGAGCUGGGAAUGGACCAGCUGUGUGCUGUAAUGGGGUCCGGAGCCACCACUGUGUCUUUGGCUGCCUGCCACCUACUGCAGGUGAUGUUCGAGGCUCUUACAGAGGGCAUGAAAAGAGAGAUUAGAGGCAAGGAUGAAGCCAUACUUCCUGAGCCAUCCAAGGAGCUACGUUCAAUGUUACGGCACCUUUUGGAAAUGAUGCCUUCAUCUAAUGUGUCGGGGCCAGGCAGAGACAGCGCCAUCAACCUUCUGGUCAAACAAGUUCCCCGCAAGUCCUUAAAAAACCCUGACAACUCCCUCACAUUAUGGGUGAUCGACCAAGGGCUGAAGAAAAUCCUGCAAGUGGCCGGAACUGUUCCUGAGCUAUCAGAAGGACCUCCUCUCACAGACAACAGUCACAUGAGCUGCUCUGUGCUGCUCAGCAAACUCUAUGAUGACCUGAAAAGUGACAAAGAAAGGGAGAACUUCAACAAGCUAUGUGAAGAAUACGUUCAGGAACACUUCAGUCAGCACAGUCUCGAUGCAAAGCUGCGCGCCAUCCAGACAGUCUCGGUGCUGCUUCAAGGGCCCAGCGACGUGGGAAACAGAACUCUGGAAAUGUCAGGAAUGAUGGAUGCCGUGAUCUCUCUCUGUGCUUCUGAAGAUGUCAUUCACCAGCAGGUAGCAGUGGAGGCUCUCAUCCAUGCUGCAGGUAAAGCCAAGAGAGCCUCCUUCAUCACAGCCAAUGGCGUGGCCCUUCUGAAGGACCUCUAUAAGAAGAGCGAGAAUGACAGGAUACGUGUGAGAGCUCUUGUGGGUUUGUGUAAGCUUGGAUCGGCAGGAGGGACAGAUUUCAGCAUGAAGCAGUUUGCUGAGGGAUCCACUCUGAAGCUCGCCAAGCAGUGCAGGAAAUGGCUGUGUAAUGAGUCUCUGCCCCCAACUUCACGCCGCUGGUCUGUGGAAGGUCUCGCUUACCUCACCUUUGAUGCUGAUGUGAAGGAAGACUUGGUGGAAGACAAGAAUGCUCUCCAGGGCAUGUUUGAACUAGCAAAGUCUGAAGAUAAAACGGUGCUCUUCGCUGUGGGCUCUACAUUAGUGAACUGCACAAACAGCUAUGACGUGGAGAAGCCAGACGCACAAAUGGUGGAGCUGGCCAAGUAUGCAAAGCAGCAUGUUCCUGAGGAGCAUCCAAAGGAUGCACCUUCUUAUGUUGAGAAAAGGCUGGUCAAGCUACUGGAAGCUGGGGUUGUGUCAGCAUUGGUGUGUAUGGUCAAACAGGAGAGUCCUGCACUCACUGAGGCUUGUAAGGAGUGCAUUGCGAGGGUGUUCCUGGCAUUGGUGGAACGGCAGGAAGACAGAGGAACAGUAGUGGCCCAGGGUGGGGGGAAGGCUUUGAUCCCACUUGCAACUGAGAACACAGAUGUAGGAAAAGUCAAAGCUUCACAAGCCCUGGCAAAAAUAUCCAUCACAUCCAACCCUGAGAUGGCCUUUCCGGGAGAGAGGAUCUAUGAGGUGGUCCGACCACUUGUACACCUCUUGAGUCUGGAGUGUACGUUGCUGCAGAACUUCGAGGCACUGAUGGCUCUCACCAACUUGGCUGGCAUCAGUGAAAGACUCAGACAAAAGCUAAUCAAGGAAAAAGCUAUCCCAAAAAUCGAAGGCUACAUGUUUGAAGAGCACGACCUUGUUAGAGCAUCGGCCACAGAGUGCAUGUGUAAUUUGGUUUUAAGUACAGAGGUGCAGAAGCUUUACUUGGCCACAGGGAAUGAUCGGCUGAAACUACUUGUACUUUACAGCGGUGAAGAGGACGAAAGGCUUCGUAAAGCUGCUGCAGGGACUCUGGCCAUGCUGACUUCUGAACAACCUGAGCUCUGUGCUCGCAUCCCAGGAACUACAACCCAUUGGCUGGAGAUUUUGCAGUCCCUGCUACUCUGUGAAAUAUCUGACCUACGCCAUCGCGGAGUGGUCAUAGUUCAGAAUAUGAUGCAAGCAGAGAAAAGUUUGGCCGAGACGCUCAUGGAGAGCGAAGCUUUGGAGAUUCUUUCUGUGCUUGCAAAGGGAGGAAAUGGCACACCAGAUCAAAUUUCCAAGGUUGCCCAGAACUGUCUGGAUAAAGCAGUAGAAUAUGGCAUCAUUAGAAGCGGGGAGGGGAGGGAAAGGAGCAAAGGAACUGAGCCCUGAAAACGCAGAAGCAGUUCAUGGAUGUGCCUCUUUGAGAUGUUAUGUGUUUCAGAAAUUAUUUUUGAUUAAUGAAGUUGAAACGUGUCUUAACAAACAAGAUAAAUCGUAAACUUCGAUUUAAAAUUUCUGCAAACACAUGAACUGAUCAGCUGUAGUAAUAAAACUGCAGACAGAUCAGUAUCAUUGUGUUAAAACUGAGGAAACCUGCAUCCUGGUAUUCACACUCACAUUCAUACUUUACUGAACCACAUAUGACAGCUAGAGUAGCUACACAGGGCAACAAUAGGUCCAGAAAAUUAAAUAAAGUGUCAAAGUGGUUCCUCCUUCCUCCCCUAUCCCUAAAUACAAAUCUGAUCAGAUGAAAUUAGAGGGAACUAAGCCCAAUACACAAUGGCCCCAAUAUAAUGCCAGGGCAACAAAGACCUAUUGCGAAUGUCUCAUUACCACACACACUCCAUAUGGUCCUCAGAUGUGCUUUUCCUCACCCUGAGCACUCAGCUUUUAAUAUAUUGGUGGUCAUGAUCUUAUGGCUAUGCGUUCAAAGUGUACUAUGACAAAUAUUAUGACAUUCUUUGUGUGCUUGUAUUCUUCAUCCAAGAAUCUACAUUCCAAUGGGUAACCAAUAACUGAUCUGAACCCAUUUCUAGGCAAUGUUUGACAUUGAUUGUUGAAAUAUUUUGUCCUCUGUCCUUUUUAUUCAGAGAAAUAUAUUGUCUUUCAUUUCAACUUUAGACACUAUGUUAUUUUUGUUUCUUAAUGAUUUCCCUUUACCAGUUAAACCACAAAUUCACAACAUCAUGUUUUGAUCGUUUGUCUUUUUAGCAUCUAUUAUUGUAAACGUUAGUGUUGUUUCACUACAUUCCCAUUUUGGUAUAUGAAUGGUCUGCUGUGUUUAUCAUUUUGAUGGGAAACAGAAUAAACGUUUUUUUUUAAA